AUGAUCAGUUUAACGCUUGCGUAUGCUGCUGUAUUGCACGCAUUUUGGAUGGUGUCAGGGAUCAGUACAGGCACACCCAGGAAACUGUCUCUGGUGCAUCUUAUAUUGAUUGCGCGUUUUAAAUGGAAGCAGGUGCUAAAAAUAAUGGAGGGAAACGGAUGGGAGGGGAGGGCAGGACGGAAGGACAGCGAGCUCGCUGUCGGGAACGAUGAGCACGGUGGCAUCGGGGACGGCGAGCACGAGGGCCAGGCGGCAGAGGCCACUGAUGGCGGCGUGGGCAUCGAGGACGGCAGGGCCUCGGGGACCUCGGGGAUAGCGCAGGGCGCACGGCCGGCCCGAGACGGGGCGGGCGGAGCAAGGCUGAUCUGGAACCUGUGCCUUAAUGACGACGUAGCGACGUUGCGCGCGCGGAAAGUGGUGGCUAGCCCUGGUGUCGAACUCGCGACCAGCACGGACGCUG